AGCAAGAUUUACGUACUGUCGCCGGCACCGGCGGCAGAGCUUCUUCAUCAAUGGCGUCCUCUCUCUUCCUAUUUCUUCUCCUCGCUUUCGCCACCCUAUCGCCACCGGUUUGCGCCUCAAUCCUCAAUCGGCGGGCGUCGCUUUCCCGAUCACACCCCGUUGCCGAGCCAACGUCGUUAUCCGCAGCGCCGAUAACCUACUUCGAAGUCACCAAACCCAUCCCCCUUCCCAAAACCAAACCCUACUCUUACCUCAUCCUUCAACACGAAUUCGCCGACACCUACGGAAAGCCGCCGGUCACCGCAGACUACAAACCUCCCUCCGAUUUCCAGAAAUUCUCCAAAAUCGUCCUCGAAUGGACUGCGACUGCCAAAGGUAGGCAGUUCGACAGGAUUUUCGGAGUUUGGAUCGGCGGCGUCGAGAUUCUGAGGAGCUGCACGGCGGAGCCGACGAAAACCGGCAUUAUCUGGACGGUUAAGAAGGACAUCACCAAGUACUCUUCCGUGCUUUCCAAGGAGCAGACGGUGGCGGUUUAUCUCGGAAACCUAAUCGACGACACCUACACCGCCGUCUACCACGUGAAUCUGACAUUCCACUUCUACCCCGCCGAUGAAAUCCGCGGCCAAUCGUCCGAUUCCACCGCCGCUCUGGUCAUCCCUGUCUCGAGGAAUCCGAAUCUCCCGUCGAACGACGGCCAGUGGUUCAAUAUCCAGAGCUACACCGAUCACGGAAGCAAACUGGUGCAGAUUCCCCAAAAUACUUACAGAGCUGUGCUGGAAGUCUACGUAUCCUUCCACGAGACCGACGAGUUCUGGUACGGAAACCUUCCGUCGGAGUACACGAAAGCCAAUCGGCUCACCGACGACUACAACGAGAACGGACCAUUCCGAGAGGUUCUAGUCGGAUUGGACGGUGCAGUAAUCGCCGCAAUUUGGCCUUUCUCCGUCAUCUUCACCGGCGGUUUGAAUCCACUGCUAUGGCGGCCAAUAACCGCCAUCGGUUCCUUCGAUCUCCCGACCUACGACGUCGAGAUCACUCCAUUUUUGGGGAAAUUAUUGGACGGGGAGCCUCACAACAUCUCCUUCACCGUAACAAACGCAUUGAACGUGUGGCUAAUCGACGCAAAUUUGCACGUAUGGUUAGAUCCGAACUCCGAGAAAACUUCCGGUGAGCUCCUAAAUCACUCGUCAUCUCCUCUCUCCAUGUCGCUCCAAACUAACUUCAAGGCCUCAAAUGGAUCGUUCAUCACCAAGGCCUCUAGGUCAAUUACUUCGACCGGGACGGUGAAAUCCUCGCAUGGCAUCGUCACUACCGAAUCGCGGCAAGAGCUGAAGUACCGGAGCAACAUAGUGACAGGGAUGGACGGAAACUUGGAGAUACUCUAUCAGAGGAUAAAGUCCACCGGCAAAGUGGAUGCGAGGAAUUCGACAUCGCCGGCGCAUUCUUCUGAGUCAUCCAGCAUGUACAGUCUGUAUACGUAUUCGGAGGAGAAGGAUGGGGGAGAUGGAGAAGUGGCGAUUACAGUUAAUGUGACAUUGGGGAUGGAUGAGAAGAGGAAGAGAGUUUGGAGGUCGGGAAGGUCAAUUAGCAGAGUGAAGAAUUUGCAGAGAGGAGAUGGAUAUUUGGUUAUCAAUGGGAAGAAUUUGAGCGGGGUGGGGAGGACGGAGCAAGAUUAUUAUUACGGUGGGGAUGAGUGGUGCUAUUCCAGGAAGAUCCGAAGCUCGAACUACAGUAUUCUCCAUGACAAGGUGAGUGAGAGCUGCAAGAUCCAUGGAGGUGACAGGUUUUGAUUUUGAGUUCGUGGAAGUGGAAAUGAUCUAUGAUUAUGAAUA